AUGGCUAACACUUGCCUUUAUUCACUAAUAAAAGCAUCCGAUGAUAGUUGUCAAUAUGCAAAAGAUAAUUGCAAUGACCAAACAAUAUUCCCAUUUACACAUUAUUAUUUCUGUUAAAUUGAUGAAAAUUGGGUGAUAUUGAUCUUAAUUGCUGUAUAAGAAUUAUAUUAAUUAUUUCAUAGCCAUUCUUGUUUUUCAUAUUGUUUAACUUUUUAGCAAAGACAGUUGAUGACUAUUUAUCACCUGCAGUGACUUUUAUAGCUGAAUACUUCAAAAUGUCAUAAACAUUUGCUGGGUAAAUUUACAAAUAUAUAUGAAGUGUUACUUUGAUUGCCUUUGCAAAUGGUGUACCAGACUUUUUAUGUGCAGUUUUGGCUUCUUAGGAUGAUGAUGGUAUAUUGAUAGCCGUUGGAAGCAUAUUUGGAAGUGGGCUAUUUAUGACAACAAUAAUUGUGGGUGCAGUAAUAUUAUUAUCAGGAAUAGUGAAAGUAUUAUAUAUGAUAAACAUAUUAAGGCAGAAAAAGUACCUUUUAUGAGAGAUAUUUUAUUUAAUGGAGUUGCUAUAAUAUUAUUGAUGAUAUUUGCAUUUAUUGGAUAAAUUAAUCAUUACAUGGCUAUAGGGUUUUGUUCUUUAUAUGUAGUAUAUAUAAUUGUAGUCUUGGUCAAUGAAAACACAAUAAAAAAUAGUAAAUUGAAUCAUAAAACAUAUUAGAAUAGAAAUAAGAUGAAAUAAAUUCAUAAGAGGAAAGAAGGGAAUAAGAAGAGAAAUAAUUGUUGGCAUAAAAGGAAGAAGUAGAAGAAGGAAAUUAAUUCAUUCAAAAUGCAGAUUAAGAACUUAAAAAAGAAUUAGAAGAAUCAAUUCCUGAAUCUUUUAAGAAACCUUUUGGAGAUAUGUCUACAAUCUCAAAAUUUUAAUAUAUUUAUAUAACUUCAUUGGAAUUUGUUAGAAAAAUAACUAUUCCUGCAAGCAAUCAAGAAAAAUAUGAUAAAAAAUAUGCAGCCAUACAUCAACUUGUCUGUCCAAUAGCUAUGAUAGCUUUAUUAGGAUGUAUUUUAUAUUUAUGUAUAUUUUUAAUAGUAUUUUCUAUGGAAAUUUAUGAGGUUAAAGUAUGGAUUAUUUUGGAAAUUAUUGGAUUACUUUUGUUUAUCUAUUAAAUAAUAUUUGAAAUUCCUAUUAUUAUAUUAUCUAUGGAAUGUGUUGUAUGUUCAAUUAUUUGGUGUAAAUAAGUUAUUUAAGUUUUGAUUGAUUUCAUUUUAGUACUAAUUAUUUUAAUCUAUUUUUAGUUAAUAUAAACAAUUACAGGAGUGAGUUAUUCUUAUUUAGGUAUGACAUUUUUAGCAUUUGGAAAUUCAACUUGUGAUUUCUUGGUUAAUACUAAAUUAGCAUCAAUUGGUUAUGGAUUGAUGGCUAUGACAGGAUGUUUUUCAGGAACUGUCUUUAAUAUGUUAUGUGGAUUUGGAGGGGCAUUGGUUAGAUUGACUGCGAUUGAGAAAUAUCCAGGAAUUGUUUCUUUUGAUCUCUUUAGAGAUGUAAAGAGUGGCUCAUAAACUGACAUUGUAAAAUUUAUCAGUAAAGUUAGAUUAUAACUAGAAUGAAUAAUUCUAUUGCUUAUUGUGUUAUUAUAUUUUCAUUGAUGAAUAUCAUAAUGACAUGCAUUGUAGUAAUUACUAAAAAGUAUUAUUUAUUAUCUAUAACUAGAUUCAAAUUGACAAAAAAUUUAGCAUAUUAUUAUUUCUUUAUUUAUUCUGUGUUUUUUAUCUUCAUUACAACUUUAACAGUUGCAUUAAGUUCAAUAGUCAGCUAUUUAUCAGAACAAUGA